AUGGACCCUUACGCUUCUUCAAGCGGGGGCCCCCUGAAUGCUGGCGUAGGGGCCCUUCAGUCUGCCCACAGUACGAUCAGCAGUCACAGCGGGGCCCCUACUGGGGGUCCCCAUGAUAGAGGUGGGGCCCCUGGGGGCCCCUUGUCCUAUGGCUUGCCUUCGUACCCUUCUGGGGGGCCCCCUGGGGGCCUCCUGCCUCCUUAUGGUGGCAGUGCAGCAGACACUUCGCUGCAUGCAUCAAUGCGUUUAAAAGAAACCCAAAGCAGAACAACAGAUCUUCCGAGUAUUGUUCCUCGAGGGGGUGCGGGGACAACCUCAGGGUGUAUAUACACCUCGACCUCAAAGUACACCGGAGCUCCUCCUUUAAGUGUAGUUACACCUGAGACACUGGAGGCCCCCAGCGGAGGCUGCGGCUCGUUGGAAGACUUUGAAAUGAUGGUUGGAGACCUCAGAAGGACCUUCGUCUCCUGGCUGAGGCAUACAGAAGCAGAACUCAAAAGGGAAAGAAAUGACCUUGUAAGGCGUAAGAGGGAGUUUGAGGAGGAGAAGAAAAAGGUUUGGGCCCUCUUCCAGCAAGACAAGGAGACUGAGUACAACAAAAUCAAAGAGGAGCGGCGCGCUGCGCAUGCAGAGCUGCAGCAGCAGCUAAAGCAAUUAGAGAUAGAGCGCAACGACGCUCGAGGAAAACUUCAAAAAGAAAAACAAAAAUUCUUGCAGGAGCAAGAGACAGCUCGCCGCAAGCAAGUGCUGGAGCGGGAGCGUUUUCGUCAGGAAGUACUGGCGUUCGAGGCGCAGCGUCAGCGCGUAGUAGAUGCCAGUGUAGCUGCAGAGACAGUUGUAGAUUUAAACGUUGGAGGGGUUAUAUACGAAACUGCAAGAGAGAACCUUGUCCAACAGCGGGGGUCUUUAUUAGAAAUUGUUUUAUCAGGGCGUCAUCAGCCUCCUCGAGAUAGACAAGGAAGAAUUUUCUUUGAUAGAGAUGCAGAGCUCUUCCGCAUUAUACUCAACUUCCUUAGACACCCAAACACUCCACCUCAACCCAGAGACAGCGCAGAGAGCGACGCUGUAUGCGGAGAGGCUGCAUUUUUCGGUAUUCAUUUCUUUCCUUCACCAUUAAUAUUUGCGCUUGGGGGUCAUAGUGGUGAAAGGCAUCUAAAUAGCGUUGAGCUCCUUGACGUUAAAACAAAGCGGUGGAGCCCCUGCCCUCCACUGCAAACAGAGCGUGCCUACGCGUCUUGUGCUUCAAUUCACAAUAAAAUUUAUAUCUGUGGAGGUCAAAACCUCGAUUAUAAGGCACUGUGCGACGUGGAGGUUUACGACGCCUUAUUGGGUGUUUGGUUUGGGGCGAAGCCUUUGCUAAUUCCUCGCCGCAAUGCAUGCGGGGCUGCUUUAGACAACCGCGUUUUUGUUGUUGGAGGGUUCGAUGGAGAAAAUAUAUUAUCGUCUGUUGAAUGUCUAGACAGCCGAAUGAAGAGCUGGACCUCACUUGCUCCCCUCAACGCACCCAGAUCCAGCGCCAUGUGCUGCGCACACGGAGAUUCGCUGGUGGUAUUGGGCGGCACUACUGGCGAGAGACUGCGCACAGCUGAGGUGUACGAACAGCGCAUGGACAGGUGGCAGCCUCUCGCUGCUCCAAUGAUUGAGGUGCGGAGUGCUGGUAGCGCCGUGUCUGCAAACAACCACCUGUACGUAUUAGGGGGUAUAGACGGAGAGCACCAUAUUCAUAAUUCUUUAGAAGCACUGGACCCCGAUGCUAAGCAGUGGAGCUUCUUAACGCCAAUGCCAUCCCCUCGUAUGGACUGCAGCGCUGUAUUCACCGGAGAUUCUAUCUUCGUGACUGGUGGGCAAGAUGGGGAAGUGCUGCAGAGUACGUGCUUCUACAGCCCUGAAAGCAACGAAUGGACAGCAGGGCCCCCUAUGCUAUGUCCUCGCUAUGGACACAGCCUCGUCGUCACUGCACUCUAA